GAGACACGAUAGGCAAGGCCGAGUUUCCGAUCUGAUCAAAGAUGGGAACACGAUCUGGACCACUCCCUGAGCAAAUAUAAAAGCGUAUUCUGUCAACAACUCACAACAGUCCAUCAGCAUAGCUCAGCAAUGUCGAUAUUCUUGUUGCUGAUUCCUCUUUUGUGUACUUCCGCACAUGCGGAAACAAAUAAUGAGCAAAUGCAACAGAAACGUGGAAUUUCAAGUUCCGGAUGGAUUGGUCUUCAAAAUUUAGAAGUUCAUGAUUUAAAUCAUCAUCAACAUGCUCAUCAACAUCAUGUGUUACCGACUCUUCAAUCUGGACCCGAACUUCCACUAAGUGGUCCAAAUUUAGAAGGAUGGAAAACUGGUUCGGGUAUUGAUGUAGAUGCAUCACCGGAAAAGGAAUUUCCGGGUUAUAUAAUUAAUAAACCUGUACCAAUUGAAAAACAUGCCCCCGAGCCAAUAGUCGUGGAAAAAGCUGUGGAAAAACUUAUUCCAAUACCUGUUGAAAGGAUCGUUCAUAAACCAUAUCCAGUUCCAGUUCCAAUACCACAGACAAUUCCAGUUGCAGUGGAACAAGCAAUUCCAAUUCCAGUGAAAACGCCAAUUGCAAUUCCAGUUCAUCAUCCAUUUCCAAUUCCGGUGAAACAUGCUGUUCCGGUACCAAUUCCAAUUCCAGUUCCGGUUCCUGUUCAUGAUCAUUAUGGUCUGGGAAUCCCUGGACUCAGUGGAGGUUUAGGUCUUUAUGGCGCAGGUUUAGGACAUGGAAUUGGACAUGGCAUAGGUCAUGGUAUUUAUGGUGCAGGUUUAGGUCAUGGCAUAGGUCAUGGUAUUUAUGGUGCAGGUUUAGGUCAUGGAAUUGCCCAUGGUGCUGGAAUUAAUCUUGGACAUAGUGCUCACGGUCCUUAUGGAAUUGGUUUUGAUCAUGGUCAUUACAAUCAUCAUCAUGGUCAUCAACACAAAAAGAAACGAAGUAAAGAUUAAUUCAUUACUGCGUGUUAUUAUUAUUAUUAUUAUUAUUUUUUUUUUUUUAAUAGAGAGACAAUAUUUCAUAUUGGUUCCAAGAAAAUUUUUAUAAUAAUUAUUAUCUUUUAAAAAAGAAAAUAAAUUCUAUUUAUAUUAAAGAAAUUAUUAUAAAAAUUUUCUUAUUGUAAAUAGUCAACACUAAUAUUGUAAAAAGUAAAUUAAAAAUAUAAUUAUUUUUUUAAGCAAAAUUUGUAGAAAUCAAAUAUGUGAAUGCGUUGCCAACUUGUG